GGGAAAAGGGUUGAUAGGUGUAAGAAUCGAGGAUUCAUAGUAAACAACGCUUAAACAUACGAAUACGGUGCAAGCAAGUCAAACACUGGAAGACGAGACGAUGAAUGAACAAAUGCAUCUCACCAAAACCCUCCGCAUACCUCCAACACACGACUCGACAAUUUCCCCCCCCAACUCCCCAACAUUACCAUCGCCCUUCUCCAACCACUCCCACCACCACCACCUCCUCCUCCUCCUCCUCCUUCUCCGGCUCCGCCCCAGCCACAGCUAAGCAACGCCACGACUCUAUUUAAUCCUUUAAACCAAGUCAAAUUUUUAUCAUAUCCUUUUCUGUAUAAAUUAAAAGAUAAAAAAUGCGAAGCGAAGAAGAAACAAACAACACAAGUGGGAUGGGGUUGUGUGGUGGGGUGUCACGCAGAAUCCCGAUGCUCCCUCUCCCUCUCUUCUGUUCUAGUGCUUAUGGCCGUUAUCUCCUUGGACCUUUUUCUCGGAUUCAUGUUAAUUGAAUUCAUCUCAUUUCUUCGAGACUUGUAUCCUAUUCCUAUUCCUAUUCCUCCCCACAUGCUUCCUCUUCCUGCUUUUAAGCGUUAACCACACCACCAUCGUUUCCAUCUAUCCGGAACUACUAACAAUGGUGAGAAAGAGGGCCGCUUCCGAUAUGGAACUCCAAACUCCCACCGGAGGACAUGAACACCACAGGAUGUUACGUCGACCACCCUCAACAAAUCCCCUCGACGUUGUCGGUUUUGGAGGAUUAUCGCCGUCGUCCACCGCCACCUCCGUUGGCCACCAGCACCAGGAAAGGCAAAAUUUUAACAAUGAGAACAACAGUAAUAGUGAUGCACCUGCUCAUCAUCUUCUUUCGGGCGUACCUGUAACUCCAGCUGCCGGUAAUAUAAACAACAUUGGUGGUCAUCUCCCCAACUACUCCACUAUGACGCUACCAUCAUCAUCUUCCACAAAUACGGCUCAUGUGAUGUCACUUCCGACAAAUCGCUCUACCGCCACCUGCUCAACUAAUUACAUGGAUACUAUUCCGUCAGCAAACAAAAACCCUCCUCCUCCUCCGUUAUGCGUCUUCUCGGGUCUUCCUUUGUUUCCCCCCGACAGAAAUUACUACCAUUUGUCAAAUAUAACUAGUACUACUUGUCCGACGCCCACCGGAGUUGUAGCGGCGGGUUCUCUUGCUCCUCCACCAUCAACUAAUAAUACCAACACCACCGGGAUGUCUUUCUUGACAGGCGGAGGCGGUGCUAACAACAACACUAUCAUGCCGGCGGAUGACAGCAUAUCGGCGACGGCGUGGAUUGAUAGCAUCAUAAAAGACCUUAUUCACAGUUCGACAGACGUCUCCAUACCCCAUCUGAUUCACAACGUACGAGAAAUCAUCCAUCCUUGCAACCCUAAUCUCGCCACCCUCCUCGAGUAUAGGCUUCGGUCUUUGACAGAUCCUCCUCCGAAUCUAGUAGAUCAGCAAUUGACUCAUGAACCGGCUGAUAAUUUUAACGCGAGAGUGAUGAUGAUGAGAGGGAAAGACGCACAAGCCUCAUCGUCGACUGUGAGGCAACAGCAGCAGCAUUCGCGUAGUACGAUUCAGUCUACUAUUUCGGCCUCGGGACUUGAAAGUAUGUUCCCACUCCCCCUUCCAGAUUCACAGCAGCAGUUGAAUAAUCAAUCCCAUCUUGAUUGGGGUGGAGUAAACAACAGCGGCAAUGACGAUUACAACGCCGGUGGGGCUCCUCCUCCUCCUCCUCCUCCUGGUCCUGCACUUAUGUCUUCCUCCGGCAACCAGGAACAACAGCAGCAGGACUCUCCGCCAUCACAACCAUCACCACAAGCCGAUCAAAACGCAGUAGCUGCGUCGGCACAAGCGGCGGCAAUGGUGUUGAGAGAGAAGAAGAGGGAGGAGAUGCGGCAGCAGAAAAGAGACGAACAAGGUCUACACCUGCUUACCUUACUCUUACAAUGUGCGGAGGCAGUUUCAGCCGACAAAUUCGAAGAUGCCAACAAGAUGCUAUUGGAGAUCUCGGAGCUAUCAACACCCUACGGGACUUCCGCUCAGCGUGUUGCCGCUUACUUCUCAGAAGCCAUGUCUGCUAGACUAAUGAGCUCUUGCCUUGGGAUCUACACCACCCUUCCGCCCAAUAUAGCAGUUCAUCAAGGGCUGAAGAAGAUGACAUCCGCCUUCCAAGUGUUCAACGGCAUCAGCCCUUUCGUCAAGUUCUCACAUUUCACAGCCAACCAAGCAAUACAAGAAGCAUUCGAGAGAGAAGACAGGGUGCACAUUAUCGACCUCGACAUCAUGCAAGGCCUGCAAUGGCCUGGUCUUUUUCACAUAUUGGCAUCCAGACCCGGCGGUCCACCGUUCGUCCGACUCACCGGAUUAGGCAACUCGCUCGACGCGCUGGAAGCCACCGGAAAACGUUUGUCGGACUUUGCAGACAAACUUGGACUCCCGUUUGAGUUCUCGGCGGUGGCUGACAAGGUCGGAAAUUUAAACCCAGAAAGGUUGAAGGUGAGCAAGAGGGAGGCCGUCGCCGUUCACUGGUUGCAGCAUUCUCUUUAUGAUGUCACCGGCUCCGACACCAACACUUUAUGGUUCCUUCAAAGAUUGGCUCCGAAAGUGGUGACAGUGGUAGAACAGGACCUGAGUCAUGCUGGGUCGUUCUUGGGGAGGUUCGUGGAGGCGAUUCAUUAUUACUCGGCGUUGUUUGACUCACUGGGAUCAAGCUACGGGGAAGAAAGCGAGGAGAGACACGUGGUGGAACAACAGCUGCUAUCGAAGGAGAUCAGGAAUGUUUUGGCCAUUGGAGGUCCUUCAAGAAGUGGUGAACAGAAGUUCAAUAACUGGAGGGAGAAGCUGGAGCAAUGUGGGUUCAAGGGUAUAUCUCUCGCCGGAAAUGCAGCUGCUCAGGCGACUCUCCUCCUUGGGAUGUUCCCGUCGAAUGGUUACACUUUGGUGGAGGACAAGGGUACGCUCAAGCUUGGCUGGAAAGACCUAUGUUUGCUUACUGCUUCUGCCUGGAGACCUUAAUAGGGCCACCUAUAAAUGGAUCGAAACCCCAACCACGCUUGAUUUGAUUCAAUGUGAUGGGUGAAAAAAGGAGAUGGAUCAAUCUAUUUGGGGUAUUAUAGGGAAAAAAAAAAAAAGAGAAUCAAGCAAGUACAACAAUUUUUGAAGGAUGGCAGCCUUAUGAACACUGUUGUUAAUCGAGUUAUGUUCAUAAUCCAUUGUUAUAAAUUUUUGGUUCCUACAAUAAUACGUCAU